CCUCUAUAAAGACUCGCAGGGCAGUAUCGACGCUCAAGCUGCUGUCUCUACAGCCCAUUCUCUCUCUCUAAAAUGUGGAGACCUCCGACGACGCCAUUGAUGCCUCUGCAGCUUCGGGGUCUUCUCCUUCGCUGCAUCUCCUCUCCAGUUGAAGCUACCCCUCCUCGGAUUCUCUCCUCCUUCUCGCCCCAUUAUUCUUUUCGGUGCUUUCUCUCUCUACCGUUCAUUUCUCUGUCUAGACCUUUCUCAUCUAGGCCCGAGGAGGAACCUGUCCAAGAUCCAGACCAGGUUGCCCACUCUCUAUCCACCGAACUCCUCAGGGACCCUGACUCUGACCCUCUCUCCAUCAUCCAAAGGCUCGAACUCAGCUUCUCUCACAUCACCCUGUCUCCUCCCUUGCUCCUUUCUACUCUCAAGCUCUCACCUGACGCCGGCCGUACGGUUCUAGGGUUUCUCAAAUGGUUGUGUUCGAGACCCGGCUUUGCUCUCGACGAUGAGACAGUGUCGUUGUUUGUCAAUUACUUUGGUUGCCGGAAAGACUUCAAGACCGUUCAUGAGGUACUCGUUGAUGCACGGGGUGUUGCGGGGGCCAAAAGUUUGGAAGCAGCUAUUGAUCGGCUUGUUCGGGCUGGACGGCCAACCCAGGCGGUGUCCUUCUUUGACAGAAUGGAGGUAGUUUAUGGAUUUGAUCGCAACAAAGAAUCGCUUAGAAUGAUUGUUGACAAACUUUGCGAACAUGGGUUUGCGAGUUAUGCAGAGAAGAUGGUGAAGAAUUUGGCGAAUGAGUUUUUUCCUGAUGAAAAUAUGUGUGAUAUGCUGAUUAAGGGGUGGUGUGUUGAUGGAAAGCUCGACGAGGCAAGGAGAUUGGCUGGUGAGAUGUAUAGGGGAGGUUUUGAGAUUGGUACAACGGCAUACAAUGCCAUUCUUGAUUGCGUGUGUAAGCUCUGUAGGAAAAAGGACCCCUUUAGGCUUCAUUCGGAGGCUGAAAAGGUCUUGGUAGAUAUGGAUAUUGCCGGUGUUCCUCGUGAUGUGGAGACAUUUAACGUGCUAAUUACUAAUUUUUGUAAAAUUCGGAAAACAGAGGACGCAAUGAAGCUGUUUUAUAGAAUGGGUGAGUGGGGAUGUUUUCCCAAUGCAACAACUUUUCUUGUUCUUACGAGAAGUCUCUAUCAGGCUGCAAGAGUUGGAGAGGGGGAUGAGAUGAUUGAUAGGAUGAAAUCUGCAGGAUUUGGGGAUUAUCUUGAUAAGAAGGCUUAUUAUGGGUUUAUAAAAAUUCUUUGUGGAAUUGAAAGGUUUGAUCAUGCAAUGCUCAUUUUCAGAAUGAUGAAAAAGGAUGGAUGCAAACCUGGGAUUAAGACUUAUGAUUUGUUGAUGGGGAAGCUGUGUGCUCACGGACUUGUUGAUAAGGCAAAUGCUUUGUUUAAUGAAGCUGCAAGAAGAGGGGUACCAGUUACACCUAAAGCAUAUAAACUGGACCCAAGGUUCGUGAAGAAACCUAAGGCUGUGAAGAAAGAGAAAAAGCGAGAGACAUUGCCUGAGAAAAUGGCAAGGAAGAGGAGACGUCUCAGAAAACUUCGGCUUAGUUUUGUGAAGAAACCAAAACAAAUGAUGCGUCGUUCCUUUUAAUCAUAUGGAAAGCUAAUGGUUUUCUUUUUGAAGAUGAUGGUGAUGGAUAUGAAUUCACCAGAGGUGGUUAUAUGUUGACAUAUUGUGUUGCUGAGCUUCAAUCUUCAGUUGUUAUGAUUAGAGUUUCUAAAACUGAAGGAUUAUGGAAAAGGCCAAAACGGUGUUUGCAUGUCCAAUUGUUGCUUGGUGGUGGUGAAAAGGCAUGCUUUUCCUUUCUCUUGGGAUAUUGUUUAGAGAGACAAGAUGCCUAUGCUACGAAGUACUCGAGCUUUUGAGAUUUUUCUGUGACUAAAAUUUUUCUGUAUCUUGUUUCGCCGAACAGCUUGAUGCAUGGGGUACUGAUGGAGAAAUUCUGCAAAUGACAAUGCCUUCUGAUGGGGUACUGAUGGAGAAAUUGGUCAAACAGCUUGAUGCAUGGCGUACUAAAAUUUCUGAUCUUGUAUUUAAAAGCAAGAAGCAAUACGAGACUCGUAUCGGUAAUAUUGAAUUCUCAAGACUCUAUGCUUCUGAUUUCUGUGAUCCGAUACUUAAAUUUUGUAACAAAUUCUUUUGUUACCAGAAUUUUAACUUUAUUGAAACCAUCUAAAUAAGCUCUCUUCCGGUCUUUCAA